AAUACACUGGGCCACCGUCUUCUCUGUUGACAAGCUGACUGAUAUGUGUGCCACCUGAGAGCUGUUAGAACAGCUUCACUUUUGCAUUCAUCAGAGUAGAGCUCCAUAGGCAUUUGUUUUGGACAACACCCAGUGAGGCAGAAAUGUUGAGCUUUGCCGGGGGUGAUGAUGGGCAGUAGCAAAGGGAAGAUAUUUCUCCCUCCUGAUGCAGAUAGCCUGCCUGUUUCUGGGUGCUACCAGGAUUGUUGGUUGGUUGUUUCAGACAGAGGAAAAGAUGACAGAUAGACUAAUCAGUGUUAGCUGAGCUGUUUCACUGAAUGAAUCCAAGCGACUCUGGUGCUUUCUGAAAUGAACAGUGGACCUUGCAAGAGCAUUUCAAGUCUGCUUUAGUGUAUGAAGUCCCAUUGUCAAAGACAAUGUCAGAUGAAGCCAGUUCAGAACAGAAACCUUCUACAACCACGGUCAGUUCAGUUGCUGUUCAGGCUGGGGAUGCCAGUAUUGUCAUAGCUGUGCUUAAGUGUGGAAAAUGGGUGAAGCUUCAGCUGGCUGAAUCAACACCAAAUAUAUUAGAAAUUGGCAGCAAUCAGGAUGAGACUAGAAAACUACUGCAAGAUCAUGAAUUCCUCCUAUCUAAGCUGAAGGCUUUGGAAGAGCAGGUAUGGGGUCUGCUGCAUGAAGCAGACAAGGUUGCAGAAGAGAACAAAGAAAAGAGUCAGAUUUAUGAUGCUAUGGCAGAGACCCUUGGGGAUUCAUGGGAUGCCCUCAUCAUUAUGUUAGAGAAGCGACAGGCACUUCUGGAACUUACUACAGUGUUCUUUGAAAAUGCUCUAGAGUUUGCUGUUAAAAUUGACCAAGUUGAAGAUUUCCUGAAAAAUGCUCAAGAGUUUGACAAUAUUGACUCUUUGAGAGAACUUCUUCUGCAACAAGAGCAUCAUACAAAAGAACUUUUGGAGAAGUCAUUUGCACUUUUAAACAAAAGCCACGAGCUAACUGAAUUCAUAGAAGAAUUCAAAUGUGAGGGGCCAAAUGCAAAUCCGGAGAUGAUUCAGGGAGCCCACAGCAGCUGCUUGAAAAUUGACAAUCUCCUUGAAAUGCUACAAGACAGGAGGCGGCACCUGAACAAAUUUCUUAAACGUCAGCGCCAAGGACUGGAGCAAGUUCUGCAAAUUUGUUUGUGGCACCAACAAGAGAACCAGGUAACAUCUUGGUAUAUGAAAAACAUCAGAGAUUACUUUCAGAAGCAAAACUUAGGCUCAUCUCUAUUGGAAAAUGAAGAGUUACUUCAAGAGCUUGAAGAAAUGGAAGUCAAAGUGAAAGAAUGGAAUUCCACUGUGGAACAAUUGGAAAGUGAAGCAUUUAGGAUCUUGCUUUCAGAGGACUAUACAGAAAAAGAACAACUAAAACUUUCAAAUCAGAAAAUCUGUUUGUUACGAGAAGAAGUGUGCUUCCAUAUGGAAGAAAGGAAAGCCCUGCUGCAAGAGGCCAAUGACUUUUUUCACGCUGCUGGCAAGGUACUUGAUGGUCUUGAAGGUAUCGAGAAUUAUCGUAAAAUCUCUAACUCAGAAGGAUUACAUUUUCCUACCUUGACAACGAAGUACAAGGAAUUACAGGAAGCAAUUAAAGGUUGCACAGUGACUACCAUGCAAAAGGGACAAACUUUAGUUAGUAAAGCAGAUUCUCACAGCUCUUGGGUAACAGGAAUUCAGAAAAUGAUGGAAUAUGUUCAAAAAAAAGUAGAUCAAUUAAUCAGGCAGUGCCCAGAUUAUAAAGAACUUACUUUGAAGAAACAGCAGUGGACUGCCUUACUUGAAGAUCAUCUAAAUAAGGUGUCACACUCGGUUAAAAAAAUCACCCUGAUGCUUGCAGUUGGUACGGAGAUUGGCUCGUAUUUGUGUGAGGUGGAAAGAGUUUUGAACAAACACCUUGAACUGGCUAAACAAACAAAGGAAACUUGGUAUGAACUGGAAGCAGCUGAGGGAAUCAUCAAAGAUAUGGAAGAGUUGGAACCUGAGCAGGUGGCGGCUGUUUCUAGCAGAACUGAACUUCUGAGUAAAGAGCUGAAAAAAAUUGAAAAAAAUAUUAGUUCAAUACUAGAAAUUCUAGAAACUUAUGUGGCCUUCUUAAAGUCAGCUGUAGAGGUGAAUGAUAGUAUCGAAAACCUGAAGGAAUUCUAUAAAUCAAAACAACUGCAGACAAAUAGAGAGGCUGAAAAUAAAAUUGCCAUGGAGUCAGCUAAUACUCAGUGGCAAAAGACUAUAAAGAAGACUUUUUCCACACAAAAUAUGGGUUACUAUUUUCUUAAUUUAGUAAAUGUGGUAAAUGAGAGUUUAAUAUUGAAAGUAGAAAAAUCUGUGCAAGUAACAGAAGAUAUCAUUUUAAAUCUGAAUAAAGAAAGGAAAGAGCUGACUGAACUUUGGGCAAUCUGGAAUUUUAAAAUUACUCAAGUAAAACCCAUCAAGCAACAGUGCCAGAUAUUUAAAGAACAACUAAAAAUUACUACCUGUGGAUUAGAGAUUCUUCAAGAGGCUCUCCAGCUUGCAGAACCAGUUGACCUUGGAAGUGACCUUUUAAUUGUUUUGGAACUACAGAAAAAGAUGAACCAAAUGAAACCACAGUUUCAGCAACUGAAUGCUGAGCUUGAGUACCUGAUAAAAUUAUUAGAAUUGCCAAGCCAGAAAGGAUUUCCUGUGAAAGAGAAUUCUGAAAGAAUAAGUGAGCUUAUUCAUUUCCAUCAAACAGUAAAGGAUGCAAUGAUAGAAUAUGAUGAGAUUUUCAACAAGACAGUCAAAUUCCAUCACAUUAAAAAAGAACUGGAAUGUCUAUCAGAAUCAGGAGAACUGGAUAUUCCUGAAAUAUGUGAGGACCCUGAAAAUGUGCACCAUGCUAAAGCCUACCUUGUGAAUUCUCAGGAGAAACAUGCACAUAUUAGACAGCUAUAUAAACUACUUAUUACCCAGGGAGUGGAUAUCUUGUCUGCAGUGCAGCAAUGUAAUUGCUUGAAUGUUUCUGUAAAGAAUCUGAAGCAAGAACUUGCUAGAUUUGAGUGUGAUAGCAUUAACUGGAACUCCAAAGCUGAUAAGUAUGAGGAAGAACUGUCACGGCAUUUCCAACACUGCACCACUCAAGAGGAGAUAAAUGAGCUCAAAGAAUCGUUUAAAGAUCUCAAAAAGAAGUUCAACAAUUUGAAGUUCAACUAUAUGAAGAAAACUGAAAAGGCUCGAAAUUUGAAAGUACUUAAAAUACAGAUUCAGCAAGUUGAUACAUAUGCAGAGAAAAUACAGGUUCUUAAGAAGAAGAUGGAUAAUUUAGAGAAGCAAAUCCUUGACUCUUUUGCAAAUAAACCUAAUGCUAAAGUUAGAGUCCUCUUGGGAUCAAUCAGUGACUUACAAAAACAACUGAAUGACUUCAGCAUUGUUGUGGAAGAUUACAAGCAAAAUCUGGAUCUAGCAGAGCAAUUGCAACAGAUGAUGAAAGAGUGUCAAUUUUGGUUUGAAGAUGUGAGUGCAACAGUGAUUAGAGUUGGCGAAUAUUCUGCAGAAUGCAAAACAAGAGAAGCAAUAGAGACACUCUAUAAGCAAUUCAAUAAGUUUCUUGAGCCUACAGUGCCUCAACAAGAAGAAAAAAUUCAGCAGAUUAUGGACCUUGCUAAACAGCUUUACGGUAUUGAAGAAGGAAAGAAGCAUGUUGAAAAAACUGUAUUGAAGUACAAAGAAAUCAUUAAUUCUGUUGAUGAGUUGUGUACAGCUCUGAGAGAACUUAAGGAGAUAAAGAAAGUUGAGUUUUCUGAAGAGUUGGUUACUGUUAAAAAAGAAGAAAUAAAUGGUCAAGAAGCAUGUGAGACUGUUAAAGGCAAAGCUGUGGAGCAAAAGCAGCAGAUGGCAUCAGGUGAAUCGCUUACAAAUUCAGAAAGCGUUGCUGAGAAGAGAAGCAAUACUCUGUCUCCUACCAACACUAAACAGGAGAGGAAUAUAUUAGCUGAUAUUCCAGUUGUCUGUCCAGCUGGUGAGGAUCUUAUUUCACAGGAUACAGAGCUGUCAUCUUCAGCCAAAGAGGAUAGUUUACAGACUGGAUUCCUGACAGAAGAAAUACUCUCCGGAGAUGAAUAUGAGUGUAUAUCACCUGAUGAUAUCUCUUUGCCACCACUUCCUGAGACACCAGAAUCCAACCUCUUACAUUCUGAAACAGAGCUAGAAGAUCAGUGCUGUUGUAGUUCUCAUAGUCUGCAUGUCAGCUCCUAUAGCUUGCAAAUGCAGAAAACCACUACAAUGAAAAAAAUGGUGGAAGUGUCUGAUCUCUUAACAAAUUCUGCUUUUGCUGAUGCUACAAUUAAUAGAAUAGAAAGCCCAUCAGAUUGCUCUGAGAAGUUUUGUAUCUCUUUAACAGAUUCUGAUGCAAAAGCCAGAGCGGUAUCUCCUUUGACUUGCAGCUUACAAGGAAUAUCUGAAACUAGCACUGCUUCCUGCACUGUAAAAGCCAAACCAGUAUUUAGCAUGAUGAGUGAAGUGUCCAAAACACAUUUACAACACCUUGAACUUCAAAAAAGCAUGGCAGAAUCACAAGAACAAUCGCAUGACUUCAAUAACUGUACUAAAACCUGGGACAGGCUGCAUGCUUUGCCUGAUGCAUUCUCGGGUUUCGUGUUUCAAUCAGACACCACCAGAAGCUGUCAGAGGCAGAUGGUUACCCGAGAAGAGAUUAAAAGUUCAUCAGAAAAGAACAGCAUGGCCAGCCUAACUGGACAGGCGCCUAACUUCUCCCAGAUUCUGUCUAACAAAAGCGUCAUGGAAGGUUCUCCGGUAACUUUGGAAGUAGAAGUAACGGGAUUCCCAGAGCCUACAUUGACAUGGUACAAGGAGGGCCAGAAACUGACUGCAGAUGAGCACUUAAAGCUUUUACAAAAGGAGACAAAGCAUACUUUGUUCAUUCAGAAGGUGUGUGAUAAAGAUGCUGGCCUCUAUGUUGUUCGGGCUAAAAAUUUGAACGGCACUAUGUCAUCCAGUGCCAUUCUUCACGUGAAAGUACAAGGAAAACAGCCAAACUUCACAAAAAAGUUUGGACAUAGAACUCUACAAGAAGGAGAAGAUUUAUUUCUGCAUUGCACUAUACAUGGAAAGCCUGAACCACAUGUCUGCUGGACAAAGGAUGAUGUCCAAUUGGUAUCUGGUGAUAUCAGUAUUGAGAAGUUAGGAGAUACCUAUUACCUUUUAAAAAGAAAUGUAGUCCUUGCUGAUACUGGGAAAUAUAUCUGUCUUGCCAGAAAUGAAGUUGGAAAGGCACACUGCUCUGCUUUUGUAACCGUGACAGAGAAAAAUAUAACCCCAGAAACUUCCAGUGUAACUCAGGCUAAACCAGAAUGGAAAGAUGAAAACUUCUCAGAAGAGAAUGUCACCACGACUGAGCUCAUACCAGCCCAUGACACACAAUGUGAGAGAGAUCAAAGAGAUCUCCCAGUAAAGUAAUUUGCAACUUACUCCCUGCUACAACUUGUGCUGCUGCAAUAACUGUUUAAAGAGAAACUCUGGCUUCAAGGAGUGUAUUUUGAACUGGAGAGGCCACAAGAGAUUAGCUUCAAUUUGAGACAGGAUCCCAUUCUUCUGCAUGAUGCAGUGGAACAGAAGAUGGACUGAAGUGCAAGAUGUCUGAUUCUUGAGUGUGUUCAUGUUGUUUGCUGUGUCCAUUAGUAGAUCCUGGCCCUGGGUGAGGAGAAGAUGAAUCUUUGAGUGCUAUCCAAUAUAUUUCUAGGUUACAAUU